AUGCAGUCGCAUCAUGAUAGCUCGGAUUCAGGACCGAAGCUGGUCAACCGUCUACACUUGAGCAAAUCGCCCUAUGUGCGGGCGCAUAUGAAUAAUCCCGUCGCAUGGCAGCUUUGGGAUUCGGAAGCUAUCAACCAUGCCAAAAAAUAUAACCGGAUGAUCUUCCUGAGUAUCGGAUACUCCGCUUGCCACUGGUGCCAUGUCAUGGAAAAGGAAUCCUUCAUGUCUUCUGAGGUCGCUACUAUUCUCAACGAGUCUUUCAUUCCAAUCAAGGUUGAUCGGGAAGAACGGCCGGACAUUGAUGACAUUUAUAUGAACUAUGUUCAAGCCACGACCAGGGUCGGGUGGCUGGCCUCUAAACGUCUUUCUCACUCCCGAGCUCGAGCCCGUUUUCGGUGGAACAUAUUGGCCGGGGCCCAAUUCGGGUACCUCACACGGACCGGGCACCACCGGCUUCGUCGAGAUCUUGGAGAAGCUGAGAGAUGUCUGGAAAACACAACAAGAACGCUGCCUAGAGAGCGCCAAGGAUAUUACGAUGCAACUGCGAGAAUUCGCCGAGGAAGGACGCAUUCGCAGUCCACAGGCCAGGAGGGCGAGGAGGAGGAUCUCGAUAUUGAGCUUCUUGAGGAAGCCUAUCAACACUUUGCGACGAGAUACGAUUCCAUCAAUGGCGGGUUUGGCCGAGCCCCCAAAUUUCCCACUCCUGCCAACCUUGCCUUUUUACUGCGACUGGGAGCGUACCCUGCCGAGGUUCAAGAUGUUGUCGGGCAAGACGAGUGUGAAAAAGCGACAGCCAUGGCAGUCACAACACUGGUGAACAUGGCUCGCGGCGGCAUCAGGGAUCAUAUCGGCCAUGGCUUUUCUCGGUACAGCGUUACGGCAGAUUGGAGUCUGCCUCAUUUUGAGAAGAUGCUGUACGACCAAGCUCAACUACUGGACGUCUACCUGGACGCUUUCCGGCUGACCCACGACCCGGAGCUUUUGGGUGCCGUCUAUGAUUUGGCGGCCUACCUGACAACGGCGCCGAUGCAGUCUCCCACGGGUGGAUUUUACUCCUCGGAAGAUGCAGACAGCUACCCGAGCCCGAACGAGACCGAAAAGCGAGAAGGUGCUUUUUAUGUGUGGUCACUCAAAGAACUCAAUCAGGUCCUGGGAUCUCGGGACGCUCCAGUCUGCGCUCGUCACUGGGGCGUGCUUCCAGAUGGCAACGUGGCGGCCGAAUACGACCCCCAUGACGAGUUCAUGAACCAAAACGUCCUGUCUGUCAAGGCGACACCGAGUAAGCUCGCUAAGGACUUUGGUCUGAGUGAAGAAGAGGUGGUCAGGAUUAUCAAAAAUGGCAAGCAAAAACUUCGCGACCACCGUGAGAAGGCCAGAGGGCAUCCCGACCUUGACGAUAAGAUUGUGGUGGCGUGGAAUGGUCUCGCGAUUGGCGCUUUGGCCAAGUGUAGUGUCCUAUUUGGAGAAAUUGAGAGCUCCAAGGCCACAUCAUGUCGCGAGGCCGCCGCACGUGCCAUAGGCUUUAUCAAGGAUAAUCUGUUUGAACGGUCUACGGGCAAGUUGUGGCGAAUCUGGCGAGACGGGAGUCGUGGCGACACCCCUGGAUUUGCUGAUGACUACGCCUACCUGACUAGUGGUCUUUUGGACAUGUACGAGGCGACCUUUGAUGAUAGCUACUUACAAUUUGCUGAGCGCCUUCAAAAAUACCUGAACGAGCACUUUUUAUCCAAGACGGAAACGUCAUCAUCUGGCUACUUCAACACCUCCUCAGAGCCGACCCCGGGUAUGCCGGGCCCUCUCUUCCGAUUGAAGACGGGCACGGAAUCCGCCACGCCAUCUGUGAACGCCAUCAUCGCCCGUAAUCUGCUGCGACUGGCUGCAUUGCUCGAGGAGGAUCAAUAUCGGACCCUUGCACGGCAGACUUGCAACUCGUUUGCCGUGGAAAUUCUGCAACAUCCGUUCCUCUUUGUCGGACUCCUCGACGUUGUCGUGGGUCUUCAAAUUGGCACCCGCAUCGUGACUGGUGUCUUCUGCACGACGGAAACCACUUUCCCUUCGUCAGCGCAGCAAGGAGUGAGCUCCUCUGGCCAGGAAGACCAAGAAGAUCAGCCCGUGGUCGCCCGCGAUCUAAUCAUGCAGCGCGUGCGAGCAGAGGCCGGCGCUGGUCUUUGCCCCACCCUGGCGGCCGCUUCGAUGGUGGAUGUUCGACCCUCUCAUCUCAAAGACUUUGUGGGUAACCAAUCCUUCUGGCUCAAGUCGCGAAACCCUCUGUUCAAGGAUUUGAAGGCAGGUGAACCUGCCAAGAAUCACUUAAUGGUGUGUGAGACCGGACGGUGUCGGACGAUUGAUCUAUAA